AUGGCUGUAGCACAAUUAUAUUAUUAUGUAGCACCUCAAAGUGAAAUUCAAAUCGUUGCUAAAUCACUUCUUCGUCUACUUCGUCAUCAUCGUGAAAUUCAAACAAUUAUUCUAAAAUCAAUAGUAUUCAUAGCUGAUAAACAUAAACAAAUAUUUGAACCAUAUUUAAAAUCAUUUUAUGUUCAUUCAAAUGAUAGUAGUCUUGUUAAACGUUAUAAACUUGAAAUUCUUACUACAUUAGCUAAUGCUUCGAAUAUAUCAACAAUACUUCGAGAAUUUCAAACAUAUGUUUUAAGUUCAGAUAAAGAUUUUGCUGCUCAUACUAUUCAUGCAAUUGGACGAUGUGCAAGUACAAUAUCUGAUGUAACUGAAGCUUGUUUAAAUGGUCUUGUUGCAUUAAUGUCAAAAAAAGAUGAAACAAUUGUUGCUGAAAGUGUUGUUGUUAUUAAAAAAUUAUUACAAAUCAAUCCAUCACAAUAUAACGAAAUAAUUAAACAUAUUGUUCGAAUGGUUGAUAAAGUUACUGUUCCAAUAGCACGUGCUUCUAUUUUAUGGCUUAUUGGUGAAUAUUCUGAUCGUAUUAGUAAAUUAGCACCUGAUGUAUUAAGAAAAAUGGCAAAAUCAUUUGUUGAUGAAGAAACAAUAGUUAAACAUCAAAUAUUGAAUUUAGCUGCUAAACUUUAUGUUGUUAAUGCUAAACAAACACAUUUAUUAGUACAAUAUGUAUUUAAUUUAGCUAAAUAUGAUACUAAUUAUGAUACUCGAGAUAAAGCACGACUUCUUCGAGCAUUAUUAAUUCAAACUGAUAAAUGUCCAACAUUAAGUAAACAUGCAAAAAAGAUUCUAUUAGCAUCUAAACCAGCACCUAUUCUUGAAUCAAUUAUUCGAGAUCAUGAUCAAUAUACAUUAGGUACUUUAUCAUUUGUCAUUGGUCAAAAAGCAGUAGGUUAUAAAGAUUUACCCGAUUUUCCAUUGGAACCACCAGAUCCAAGUGUUCGUAAUGUUGAAAUAGUAACUCCAUUACCAUCACAAAAUGUUUCAUCUAGAAAAUCAAGUACAACUACAAGAAUAACAUCAAGAGAAAAAAAGAAAAGUGUUAAUGAUGAAAAUUUCUAUUCAGACGAAGAAGAAGAAGAAGAAGAAGAAGAAGAAGAAGAAGAAGAAGAAGAAACUUCAACUGAAGGACCUGAUACAGACAAUGAAGAAGAAGAGGAUGAAGAAGAUGAAAAAGAAAAAACAACACAAAAUGACAAUGAUACAAAUGAAUAUGAACAAUUAGAUGCACAAUCAACAAAUAAUAUUGAGCCCGAAGAAGAAGAAAAAGACGAAAGUAGUGGUAGUAGUGAAGAGGAAGAAUCCGAACAAGAAGAAGAAGAAGAAGAUGAUGAUGAAGAAAGUGAAUCGGAUGAAUCAGCUGAUGAUGAAAAACUAACACCAAAUCAAUCAUCAAUUGUUGCUAAACCAUCAUCUACUCUAACUGUUAGUGAUUAUACCAUUCCUGCAACAGAAAAAUCUCUUUUAGAAAUGGAUUUGGAAGCUUUCCUUGGUGCACCUUCAACAUCAACAAAUGUUCAAGUGGCACCAGUAAAAAAUAAUAUUUUUGAUGAUUUACAUGGAUUAGAAUCUUUAACUUCAACAUCAUCAAAUCUUGUUUAUACAAAACAAUAUGAUUGUUUAAAUCGUAUUACUGGUCAAGGUUUACAAAUUCAAUAUCGUUUUCCACGUACACCAUUUCAACAAUCAUCAAAUAUGGUACAUGUUGAAUUAAUAUUUACAAAUACAACAACAAAUAAAGAUAUUCAUUCAAUAAAAUUUUACAAAUCAAAAUCAAAUAUAAAUAUUCAAGGAUUUAAUCAAAUUGAUCUAUUACCAAGUGGUGUAUCAAUUGUAACAUCAAUUGGUAUUGAUUUUAAUGAUAAAACUCAACCGGCAUCAUUCGAUAUAUUAUAUGAUAAUAAUUUAAUACCAACAUCAUUAACAAUAUUAUGUCAUGUUGGAGAACUUAUUGAACAAAAAUUUUUAAAUGAUCAACAAUUUAAUCAAAAUUUAGCUCGUCUUCGUGGUAUGAACGAAAUUAUGGAUAGUGUAAAUGUUGAUGAAGUGCAAAUAUCAAAAUUAAAUUUUAAUACAAUUCAAACUAAAAUACUUCAAUGUGCAAAUAUGAUUUCAGUACCAUCGACUUCAGGAGAUUCGACAUUAUUUCGAUUUUCUGGACAAACAAUAUCAAGUAAAUCACUUGUACUUCUAACAAUACAAUUAAAUAUGACUCAAUCAAAAGUUCAUUUAACAAUUAAUUCGGAUCAAAUUGUUCUUGCUACAAUGUUAUUAAAAGAAAUAAAACAAACAUUUCAAUCAAUAUUAUAA